GUAACUCCGAUCGAAUCAGUUACAAAAUGAAGCUCCUCGCCCUUACUUUGGUUGUUGUGGCCAUCUGCCUGUACUCGGUUGAUUGCGCUACUACGGACACCGACACAUCUACUAGCAGUGGUUCUGCAAGUGGUUCUGCCAGUGGUUCUGCCAGUGGUUCUGGCGGUUCUAGUGACGAAUCAUCAGAUGACACAACAACUACCACUACCACCACCACCACCACCACCACAGCCACCCCAGAGACAGAAAAGAAGCAUAAGGCCCGUCGCCACAGACACCGCAUCAUCAGGAGAAUCAUCCGCAGGCGCGAAGGCGAGCGUAGACGUCGUGGUUAAGCGUAGACGUCGUGGUUCUGAGCAAAGAAAACAGCUUUUGGAUUAUAUUAUUUCUCAUAUUGGAUGGCCAGAUACCACUUCCUUCUCUAAUUUUUAAUGUUUCUUAAAAUUAAAAGGAUUAACAUAUGAAAGGGAAAUAUAUGUAUUCUACGAUCUAAUAAAGAGUUCCUAUUUUUCAAGAGUA